GAGAGAGCGUGAUGGCGCGAGCCUGUGCGUGUGGGAAGCGUGAGCUACUCAACACUGGAAUGUUGACGAGAUGUGUGACUGCGUGUGUGUGUGUGAGAAAGAGAGCGAGUGUGUGUCUGCGUGCUAAGUGCCAGCACAAAGUAAUCAAUUUCUCGGACCUGGAAACAAACCGGAAUGUAAUGAUGUUGAAUAAGGCCAGCCUACUUUUGAUUGACUAGAUUAACUUGUAACUUGAACCUAAUCAUGGAUGACAUACCCUGAUCUAAGCCAAUCAGUGUGUUGUAAAUAACGCCAUCUAUUUGACAACUUUUCUAAAUGGAUUAGAUAUUGAUUCAGCAUACCUUCAACACAAACAAGUCUGUAUGAAAAUGACAGACUGUUUGUUGAAAGGGAAAAGAUUCUUCUGCAGAGAAUGGGCAUUCAUCAAACUUCUGCACUGCCUGGAAACUAGGUCAACAUCCAAGACAUGUGGAACUCUUGUGAUGGGAGGCCCUGGCAGUGGAAAAACUGCCCUGGGGUGUGAAUUGAUUUGGCCAACAUCUCCAGGAAAGCAGACUGUCCUUAAGUCCAGAGUCUUGGCGUAUCACUUCUGCCAGGCUCACGAUGCCAACUCAUUAUCAGUGGUGACAUUUAUAAAAAAUCUAGUCUCCCAGGUAUCAAAGUCUGGUCUCAUAAAAGAUUUCAACUCCCAAGUGAUGUCACCGCAUAUACAAAAGAUAAUAGACCCAGUGGAAUGUGAAGCCAAUGCAGACGAAGCAUUUAAAAUAGCAUUUUUAGAACCACUGCAUUCUUCUGAACCUCCUGAACAGACGUUGAUGCUGUGGGUAGACUCCAUUGAUGAAUCUUACCUGCAGCUAGUGAGUGAACGAGGUACUUGCAGCCAGACCAUUGCUGAACUUCUAGCUGCACACAAUGCUAAUUUUCCACCUUGGCUCCUCCUGGUGUGUUCUGCACGAAAGCAGAGCAAGGCAGUGACACGGAUGUUCACAGGUUUCAGGAAGCUGAGUUUAGAUGACUUGAGGAAAUCUCACGUUGUCAGAGAUGUCCAGCAGUACAUCUUGUGUAGAUUAGAUGCAGAGGAUGGGCUCAGACAGCAUUUGAGUAGAGACACUGCAGAAAUGUUGAAUCAGCUUCAUAUAAAAAGUAAUGGAUGCUUUUUAUACCUUGAAAAAGUGCUAGACGGAGUAGCAGAGUCUUUCAUAAUGCUUAGAGAAGUUAGAGAAAUACCUGGCACACUGAAUGGUCUAUACUUAUGGCUUUGUCAGAGAUUAUUUAUUAAAAAGCAUGUCGUUAAAAUUCACCCUCUUUUGAAUGUUCUUUUGGCUUCUAGGACUCCAAUGACCUGUGACGAACUCUAUGAAUGUAUGCUUGUCAAAGAGGCUGACCUCACAAGAGAAGAAUUUGAUCGAAGACUUAAAUUGAUGAGCCGAAUUUUAACCAAUGGCUUAAAUGGGGAGCAGAUUGUUUUUCAUCAUAGCUUUUCAGAAUGGUUGCUAGAUGUCAAACAUUGCACUCAGAAGUAUCUGUGCAACGCAAGUGAAGGUCAUGGAAUGAUUGCAAUGAAACAGUUAAAACAUGGCAAGGAACUUGAUGCUUUUGGUGUUCAGGAAUUGGCACUUCACCUUGUCAGGGCAAAUUUUCCUGAACCCAUUCAGUUUGAGCAUCUUGUGCAAAUGUUGUUGCUUUCAGGAGCAAGUGUGGAAAAAUGUUUGUAUGCUGGAAUGCCUAAAGACCCUAAAGCAUUGAAGCUUCUGACAGAUGCUGGAGCAAGAUCACCAGCUAUGGAGGUUAGCAUUACCAGCCUUGAAUCCGAGCCAGUGGAACACAUCGAAAGUGACAUGGAUAAUAUGGGAGUAGAUGAAGUUGAUGCCAAUGGAAGAACUCAGAUUCAUACUGCUGCUUAUCGUGGAGACAUUCAAAAAGUUUCAGCUUUAAUUACUCAGGGAGCAUCUCUUGAGAUGCAGGACAGGUCUGGACAGACAGCAUUAACUUUGGCUGCCAGGCAAGGCCACUUUGCCAUUGUGACCGCUUUACUCAACGCUGGUGCAUUCAUUGAUCAUGCUGACCACGAAGGCUGGACAGCACUGCGUUCAGCAGCUUGGGCUGGGCACACCAAAGUUGUGUCCAUACUUCUUGACAAAGGUGCGUAUGUCGACCAUGCCGACUCUGAGCAGCGGACAGCCCUGAGGGCAGCUUGUUGGGGAGGACAUGAGGACAUUGUUAGACUUUUGUUGGAGCAUAACUCGGAUGUGAAUAAGACUGAUCAUGAAGGGCGUACAGCACUUAUAGCUGCUGCCUAUAUGGGCCAUGUGGAGAUUGUGGAGCAGCUGUUGAACCACGGGGCUAACAUUGAUCAUGAAGAUGUGGAUGGCAGGACUGCCCUCAGCGUAGCAUGUUUGUGUGUGCCUGCCAGUGAGGGUCAUGAAAAGGUUGUAAGCCUACUUCUUGAGCGUGGUGCAGAGGUCAACCACACUGAUAAAGAUGGAAGCACUCCUCUACUUGUGGCAGCAUAUGAAGGUCAUCCCGGUGUGUGUGACAUGUUGCUAGAGUGGGAUGCUGAUCCCGACCAUGUGGACAAUAAGAACAGAACUCCUCUCUGGGCUGCUACUUCCAUGGGGCAUGAAGAAGUAGUCAGGCAACUGUUAUUCUGGGGAGCCGCUGUGGAUCACAUAGAUUUUGAGGGGAGGACGGUACUUUGUGUUGCUGCAGCCCAGGGCUCAGAGUCUGUGGUCAGGCAACUUUUGGACAGGGGCUUAGAUGAAAUGCACAGGGAUAACUCAGGCUGGACACCAUUACAUUUAGCAGCUUAUGAAGGGCAUCUACAGAUAUGUCACAUGCUUUUAGAGCAAGGGGCUAAACCCAAUGAGGUUGACAAUGAUGGGAGGAUUGCACUUAUCCAGGCAGCACAAGAGGGCCAUUUAGAGGUGACCAAAAGACUUGUCGAGGCUGGCUCAAAUGUGAAUCACAGGUCUCAUGAUGGGAAGACCCCUUUACGGGUGGCUGCUAUAGAAGGCCAUGCACAGGUUUUAGAAUAUCUUCUGGCAAUGGGCGCUGAUAUAGACUAUAAGGAUGCUGAUGGCAGGACAACACUUUAUGUUUUAGCUCUAGAUGGCAACCUUGAGAUGACCAAGAUCUUUCUGGACAACGGUGCUAACAUAGAGGGAGUAGAUAAUGAAGGCAGAACAGCGCUGCAUGUGGCUUCCUGGCAAGGGAACGCGGAUGUUGUGAGAGCUUUACUUAAACAUGGUGCUGUGGUCAACUCUAUCGACAAUGACCAGCGCACAGCUGUCCAGUCGGCUUCCUGGCAGGGUCAUGAGGCAGUGGUCAAGCUGUUGCUAGAGUCUGGGGCUGAGGUUGACCACACCUGCAACCAAGGGGCUACAGCUUUGUGCAUUGCUGCGCAAGAGGGCCACGAGGAUGUGGUCAGGACAUUGUUGAGUUUUCAUGCUAACCCAAACCACGCAGAUCAAUUUGGUAGGACUCCAUAUCGAGUGGCUUUAAAAAGUAAUCACACCAAUGUUUGCAAAAUUUUGGAAGACUUUGGAGCAAUAGUUCCUACCGGUGCCAAGAGCAGAAGUAACUCUUCCACCUCCAGUGGAGACAUUAAAACAAACACACCAAUAUCCGGAACUAAGGCCGUGCCUGUUGGUUCUUCUGGUUACAUCGGUUCACAAGGAAUAGACAUGAUUCACCCAACCUCCCCAGAGUCUUCGUCAGACAGAAGAAAGUCUUACCAUUCUAAUAACUCAUCCUCCAAGUCAUCCAGCAUUGUGACGUCGUCCACUAACCAAAGUAGCCAGGGCGGACUUGGUCAUGUGUCCAGAUUUGACCGUGAGUGUCUCACAUUCACACAACAGUUGCAGCAGUGCUCUAUGGGAAAGAACCGCUCCCGUCCAAUCAGUAGAGUACUCUCCCCCGUGAGUGAACCCCAAAGUCCUGUGCACUCUCCGUGUGGAACUCCUGUUAUUCAUCGGCAGGCAGCUUAUGAUCAGCACAACAUCAAUAUCCUGGCCCCUUCACCCAUAAAAUCCAGCUCUUCUAAGCAAGAGAGGAUCUCGGCCACGAUAAACAUAAUAACCAACCCUCAUGCUGACAUGAUGAGCUCUGUGGAGGAACCAGUUUGGCAAAGGAAUCCUGCUCACCCUGCCAACAGCCACAAUUUUGCCUCUGCCACAAAUAGUAGUAGCAGUAGCAGUUCCGGUUCUCGUCAACAUCAUUACCAACCAGACUCCAUCUCCCCAGCUUCUGACCACCCGGCUAGAAUUAUUAUGGGCCGAGCGUCAUUAGGCAACAAGAGUCCAGACAUGAGGCUGAAAAGAAAUGGGAUAGUGACAAACCCAAAAGUGCUGAAGCCUUCUGCGUCGGUUAACCACACAAAGUACAACAGCCUCUCACCAGACCCCGAGCUUGAUACCAAUCUGACCUCUGUCUCAAAUGGGCUGGGACAGAACAUAAUGUUGAAUAAUCAUGACCAUCUUCUGAAGAGAGCAGUGAGUGCCCCCUCUGGGCACGUGCCAGCAGAUUCUACCAAGUACCCCUUAGUUGAAAGAAUUUCCCAGGAGUCUUUAGCCAACCCACGCAACAAACCUGUCAGACCAAGUGGACUUCCAAUUAAGAAAAUCAACUCUCCACACUUCUACUGACGUCCCCAAGAAAUAAAGUUAUUUUAUUUUUCAGCUGCUGCUGAGUUGUGAAUCCUGGUGAAAAGUGAAACAAGAUGUCCAGCAUGAGAUGCUGCACCAUCCUGCUUGGAAGGCCGCUCUGGUUAUUUCCUUUUAAGUUUGCUGCGCUGACUGUGACAUUUGUUACACAUGCUCCUUGUACAUGUAUGAACAGACGUUUUGUGUUUUUGUAAAUUGCUGACACAUUCUGUGUAACCCAGUAUAGUUGUAGGACUUGCGUUACUGUACAUCUUAUAUAUAUGGUUAUAAUGUACAGUAAAAGGAGAGUUAUAGUGUACAUUAAGAUGUUACAUUGCCAGUAUUUGUACAACAAAAUGUUGUACACUUCAUCAUUUAUAAUUAUUUCUCAGUUUAUGUCAAUUUAUUUCUCUAUUUAUUUCAUUACUCGUUUGUAGGGUAUAAAUCUAAUUAUAUUUUUUUUUAUGUUGGAUUCUUUCUUUCUUUUUUUUUUUUAAUUGGGUAUUUGGCGGAAAGAAAAUAUCCUAAGCCCACCCAUCUCUAAGAGUGAUGAUAUUUGUGAGAGAGCGUAAAGGCUACGAUGCAAGAUGAAGCCAAAAAGGCAUGGUUCCAUAGUUGUUGUUUUUUUGUUUGUUUUGUGGUGAUGUGGCCCUGAUGUGUAUCAGAAAUUUAUAUGGCCCUUAGGCCAAAAAAGGUUGGCCACCACAUGCUAAGGAUCAGUCCCUUGAACUGCUAGGUAACAGUUCGGUAAACUUUUUUGUUUAUUUGCUUACUACACUAUUAGACUAAUAUUGUGAGUCUACAAUGUUAGUUUUUAACAUUGGUCAAUUAAAAAAAAAAUUAUUUUAUAAUAGUAUUUAAUGUUUGUUAUUCAAUAUAAGUUGUACCUGUUUGAAAGCAUUAAAAUUGUGCAAUAUUAAUUGUUUGGAAACCCUAUAAAUGAUAUACACUAUUCACAAAUUGAUGACAUUUAAGGGUAUCUUUUGAACAAGUAUUUAACCAUAAAUAUAUCUAAAUGUCUGAGAGAGUUAGCCAUUAGAACAUACUUAUAGCUAGGUGAGAUUGAAAAAGAGCAUUUUAAUCAUUUAGCUUGAAAAAUAAAAAAUGAUUAUUAGUAGGCUACCAGUGAGCGAGUACAUGGGCAUUAGAAACAGUUCAUUUAAUUUGUUGAUGGAGCUUAUUGUACAAGAUGUUUGUGUCAAAUAGUGUACAUAUAAAUCUCUUGUACAUACACCCUCUCAUGUACAUAUAGGUCUGUACAAUUCCUGUUCAGUUAAUUUAUUCAUGGACAACCAAACAUGCUGCUGUCUGCCACCGAGUUUUUUUUAAUUAAAAAUUGUAUUUAUGAAACCACAAGAAGUUUGUGUGAACAUUUGAAGUGUAUAACUUUCUGCUUGAAAUGUUGCACUCAAAACUGAUGCAUUUGUAAAACUUGCGUGAGGACUAGCUAUGUAUUAUUUGUAAACUGCCGAAUAAAAAAAAAAAGAUUUUUAGAUCCAGUAAAAGCUGAUUUAUUGUAACUAACUAAUAUACCUGAAUGCUGUGAAGUUCUGCAUUGUUUCUCUGCCAAUGAUCAAUAGGUUGUUUUUUUGUUGUUGUUUUUUUUAGUUUGUUGUUUUAUUUUUGGCAUACUACGCUAAUGGUUUAGUUACUUAAACUUUUUCUUUUAAAAUUAAGAUCAUUACUUACUUUUUAUCUGACUGUAUAAAAUGAUUAUAAUUUAUUUUUUUGUUUCAACCAAUAGUUAAGUAUCUGUCAUUCAGUGAAAUGUCAUUUUGGUGUUAUUAUUUUUGGUGUUUGUAUGGCCAUGACAGGUUUUAUUGUUUGUAUUUGAUUUUUUUUUAAUUUCAAUGUGUUAAUUUUUUUUACACAAUUUAUACAUACAACCAAAAAAACCCACAAAUAUACAAUUUAUAUAAUACUAUAAUUGUUUUGGGGGAAAUACUUUCUACAGUAACAUUUUUGAAAAUAUUUUUUUUAAACCAAUGGUUCUUGUAUCUUCGGUAGUUAUCUUUUUAUUAAUAGGAAUUUACAGAACAUGACGUUGUUUCUAGUAUAUUAAUAGUUUUAGUCCCUUUACUUUUUAAUUUUAUUUUUUUUUAUAAUCAUAUUUUCUACGAAUCAGAAAAAGUGGAGGUGCUUUUGGUUAAGUCUGAUUUAUACAUAUAACUCUCAGGAACACAUUUUUUGUUGAAUUACAUUUGACACCUGUUUCUCUUAUCUCUCCAACAUUAGCAAUCUUCAUUAUAUCUUGCGACAGUAUUUUUUUUAAGAACUGGCCGUUAAAUUAAGACUGCAUUAUAUAUUCAUUUUUUGUUUUAUAUCUUACAAAUAUUGCCAGUAAAAAUGAAAGUCUCUUGUAAGCUCCCCCUCUCUGUGUAUGGUCACAUCAUCAUUUUGUGGAGUUGUAAAUCUAAAUUUAUAUUUUCCUCCAGUAAAAUACUUCACUUGUAGCAAUGCCCAGUUCUAUAUUACUUGCAUUUUAAAUGUGCUGUUAAGACAAAUGUUCUUUCUAUGGAUUGAAAUUGGGGACAGGGUGUCUGAACUGAGGAGUCUCCGGUUCGAAUCCUGUUGAAGACUGGGAUUUUGGAUAUUAGAGGGGGAGGGGCCCAUAAGUCUACCCACCCUGAAAUUUGUUAGGAAAAGUAAAGUUGACUGGUCAUUAGAUGACCUAUAGAUCGCCUUGGACUAAGGACUGAAAAUAGAUCUUGUCACUCAUUUAGUCUUAAUUCUAAGAAAGAAAUCAGCUGACCUGUCAUAUGACCAAGUAAGAAAAAAAUUUAGCUUAGGACGGCAGAAGAAAAUAAAAGCAUUAUUAAAAAUCAGUAGUUAGUUGUCUAAAACUUACAUAUAACCCUAACCCCUUAAUCCUGGCCACAUAACACCCUCGUUAACCAUAGGCUGCAGAAACAGAUGACCUUUACAUCAUCUGCCCUUUAGACCACAAGAACUGAAU